CAUCGAAACACCUAAUCCUUUCUCUCCUUUUUUCCAAGGAUCGCAACUCACAUACCCUGAAACAACUAUGGCUGGAAGAGGAAAAUCGUUGGGCGCUGGCGCUGCCAAAAAGGCCACUUCCCGGAGUAGCAAGGCCGGUCUCCAAUUCCCCGUUGGUCGUAUCGCCCGCUUCCUCAAAGCUGGCAAGUACGCCGAGCGCGUCGGCGCCGGCGCUCCGGUCUAUCUUGCAGCCGUCCUCGAGUAUCUUGCUGCCGAGGUACUGGAAUUGGCUGGGAACGCAGCGAGAGACAACAAGAAAACCCGUAUUGUGCCUCGCCAUAUUCAACUGGCGGUGAGAAACGACGAAGAGCUCAGCAAAUUGCUCGGGUCGGUCACUAUUGCCAACGGCGGUGUGAUGCCCAACAUUCACAAUCUCUUGUUGCCCAAGAAAUCUAGUUCUUCCAAAGGCGGUGCAGCAGCUGAUGAUGAUAACUGAGCCAAUCGAUUCUCAUGAAGUACAAAACGAGAACAUAGGAGCAGUAGUUAGGAGUUCGCAUUUGAUUUUAAGUGUCUCUUUGGUUUUUUUUUUCCCCUUCUUUUUGGGAUUAGGGUUUCAUUCUUGCCUGUGUAGAUCGGUGAAAAUAGCUUAAGCUGAUGUACUACUUCAAUCAAUCAACGAAAGAAUUGGUAAUUUUCUUCCAAAUUUAGCAUCAA